AUGCGCUCGUAUUACCUCCUGCUAGUUGCUACGGCCGCCCUCCUCGCAGCGAGCGAAGCUCUCGUGCCCACGACGAAGCUCGACAGGACCGUGGAACACCCGAUCAAUGCUGCUCAAAAGAACGCCGAACGCUUCCUGCGGACUGACAAUGCAGCAGUCCUGGACGAUGUUGAGGAAGAGAGAGCGUUUGCUAACAUCAAGGGCUUCGCGCGCACGCAGGACGAGGCGACGGAAUGGCUGGAACACUGGCUCGGAAAAAGGCUGAGCAUCGAGAAGGUUGCGAAUGAGCUCGAGAUCUUCCGCCGGAACAAGAGUCAUGUGAACUGGGACGCGCUUAUCAAGUACACCCAAAUGACCCACAAACGGUACGUUGGGGGGGACAUGACGAGGAAGGAAGCUGUGCAACACCUGAAGACCAUUCUACCACAAUGA